GUUGGCCGGAGACCGUAGGCUGCGUCUGGUGGAGGGAGAGUGGGGCUGCCCUGAAUGGAUUGACAUAAGAGGGAUUUACAUUUUAACGGGUAUCGUAACGCCGUAAGACUAGUUACAUGUGCACGUUGUAUAAUAGCUAUUCCGCUCGACAUAUACAUUUUGGUGCUCCAGUCGCGUCCAUGUGUCAUCGUGGCGAAAAGGAUUGAACUUGCCAGCAAUCUAUGUUUGCCGAGGAGGGAAACCAAUACAAGGUCUCGCUGUCUCGCUGGAGCGGAGUAUUAUUAGCAGUUCAGACAGUGCAACUGUCUCUCUGGUCUUUCACUGCUGUUGCACGAUGGCAAAAUAACCUACAGCAUCAUCUACAGUCUUGAGAGAAAACUAAAAAAAAAAAGAAAAGAAGAUUAGGGGGGAAAAAAGUAAAAGUUGAGCGCUACGAAAUAGAUAAACCUUCACCUGGCUCCCAUGCUGGCUGCCAGACAUCCUCCCUCCCACACCCUCAGCCAUGCCUGCUUCUUCCAAACCCCCUAAGAGACAGACAUCCUCUCAGAAAAAGAAUGGCCACAAAGUGAUCACCACCAAGAGGCAAACCUGCAACUCAAGUAAAUCCAGAGGACGAGCCACUGAGAGGCUCCAGAAGACGCCAGUAGAGCCCAAAAGGUUUGCAGCCAGAGCCCGGACACAAUCAGGCCGAAGUCCCCGAGGAAGAGGGGUCAGUGGGGCUGCUGGUCACGGACCUGGGAGGUCCCCUGGUAGGGUUAACCAUGCUCCAAAUGUAACAGGAUCUGCAAGGCUUAGACGGCUGAGUAAUCCGACUGACCACUGUGGCGAGUUAGAAGACCCCCUAGGGUGUAGGAAGUCCCGACGGGGCACACGGGUGUCUGUUACUCCCUGCCAGCCUCUGAAGCCUUGCAGAGGCGGGAGAAGCAGCAGCAGGGGGACCGCAGGGAGGGGAGCAGUAUUGCAUCAAGAGCACACAAGCAAGCAGCCUUCAAACACAGAGAGUGGUGAUUCGACCCCUAAGAAGGAUAUAGAGAAAUUGGAUACCCCUAAUAGUGAAGAAAUUCCCCCUGUCUCCCCGAAAACUGAUUUUGAUGUCCCUCUGAAUAUCCCAGAUGAGGUUGUGGGAGUCAACAAAGGCAAUGAGGGCAGCCCUCUUAAAGCAGAUUCACCACCUUGUAAUGGCACACUGGAAGACUGUGUGCAAUACAGUUGUGACAAUGUCAUUACUGAGCAAGACGAGCAGACUGUCAGCCAAGCCAGCCGAGAUGACCUAAGUUAUGUAAUUGGACGUCCCGUGUGUGAUGACAUUGAUAGACAGCAAAAAUUCAGCAAUGAUGAAAGUAAGGACAGCACUUCUGAGCUCACCGAGAAAACAAGUAUCAGCCCACAGGCGAAGCAAGAUGGCAACAAGGAACACGGCAGUUCUCCAAACCAAGGAAAUAAGCUUGAUGAUCCUGCUAGUGAUGGUAAGCAAGACGUGUUUAUUGCCCACCAAGACGAAAGUGUCACGUUGGACCUGGAUCUUGAGAGAAAACAGGAGAUAAAUGAAGAGGGAAAAGAAAGUUUAGAGGCAGAGAAAGAAGUUGAGAGACCAGAUGAGACAGUGGAAGAGACUAAAGAGAGUGUCGAGAAGCUUGAUAUUCUUGAGCGAGACAGCGAAAAAGAAGACAAGGAUGGUGCUUUCAUCAGUCCGGCUGACUGCCACCCUAGCACUCCAAUCUCUCAAUCUUCAGAUCCAGCACACUCCAGUGAUGGUCUGACAGCACAGCCAGAAUCACCUGUCAAGGUGUCACCUGUCUCCAACACAGCUACCUCAGAUCCCACCAAAGCCUCUUCCCUCUUAGAGUUAUGUGGACUAGAGGUUCAGAAAGACAUGCAACCUACCACUCAAGGUGCUAAACUGCAAUCCCCAGUGUCCUCUGCUGUCCCAGAGACAGCCCCGAUGUCACAGACUGAUCUGACGACAAGAAAUACGCUGGUUAUUACGUGCAGUGAAUCCCUCAAGGCCCUGUGCUCAAGCCAGAGGGAACCAGAGCAACCCCAAAGCUGGCAGACCCCUCCCCUUCAGAGGGAUAGGCAAGCAGGCGUACCAGCAGAGGCGCAGACCAAAGACAGUGUAUCCAAUCAAGAGCCAUCCAAGCACCACAGCAGGGAGGACACUGCCUCACUGUCAUCGUCACCAAUCCCCCAGUCGAGCACAGAUGUCCUCCCAGCUGUGUGUCAGCCAAAUUUAGCCGAAGACAGCGUUGUGGUAGUAGUACCAGAGCAGGGCUCAGUGCCAAAGACCUCCACUCCCUCCCUGGAUGGUAGCUUGUCUUUAUCCUGCAGCUCAGAGAGCACUCGCUCCUCUUUGUCUUUUGACACCGAAUCUGAGGCAGGGUACGGAGACCCCAGCCCCCCUAUUCUGCCAGGAUCCUGGGGUCCAGAAGGGGCCUGUUUGCCCUCCUGGACGUCACGGAAACCACAGAGGAAGGAGAGGAAGAAACGGAGCAGGUGUGGGACAUGUGAACCCUGCCUGAGGAAGAUCAGCUGUGGCCAGUGCAGCUGCUGCCUCAACCGCAGGACUGGCCACCAGAUCUGUAAGCUGAGAAAAUGUGUGGAGCUGAAGAAAAGAAGAUCCUCAUCUCUCGUCUCUCUCCCUGCUGCACAGGUGGUUCCAGAAAGUGGUUCAGUAAAUGGCAGAGGCAAGGCACCGAUGGAAGACACCCAUACGGCAGCAGAGGAGGAUGAGGGGGAGGAAGGCCAAAUACCUCAUACGCACUCUCCACUCAUCACCCACUCGCUCACCCACAGCCUGGCCUCAGACCAAGGUGGAUGGCCAGCACUUAUCAAGAGAGAGCCCGGGCUGGAGCAGACCGGCAAUGCACUUAACCAACACUUAUGCUCUUCUGUGACUUUCCAGAAUGGUUCUGGUGAGAACUUGACGAAACCUAACGGUGCUAAUAUGAUCGCCAGGUCACACUCUGAUCCGAGGUCCCAUUAUCAAAGGACUACAGUGGUGGCAGAGCCUCAAAGGACUAUAAUAGCUACAAUCCCUAAAGGCAGCUCUGAGAAUGGACCCAAGGCUCCAGAUGACUUGUCAGUUCCACUAAAGAAGAUCAAGCUUGAGGAGCCGUGGGUGUGGGCCACUGAACAGACCACCGCACAGCUGGGUGGUGAGGAGGAGGUUUGCGAGGACCCGCUGUCAACGCUGGCCGCCGUGGUGUGCCUCUCCAUCACGGAGAGGAAGGGCCUGGAGGAGAAACUGUUCGGCUCGCGCUCUCCCAUUCUUCGCUCCUUCAAAAUAGAGCCACCCGACUUGCACCCUGUCAAAACAGAGCCGGAGGACUUGAAGAGUGACUUGUGCCAGAAAAGCACUCCUGUCGGCCUGCAAAAGACUCUCCAGCCUAUCAAAAGUGAACCUCUUCCAGGUGUCUCGCUACCAAGUGUGCAGUCUUUGGUGGAGCAGAGGAACCUCAGUUCUGAUCAGGCUAUUGCUAUUGAGGCCUUGACUCAACUGGCAGCUAUACCUCAAAAUACCCCAGAGCCCAUCAAACAUCCCGUUUCUGUUACCGACCCCCUUACAACCUCGAAUACAAACACACCCCUGCAACAGGCCAAACCCACAGCAGCUAUCCGCUAUAACAAAGUUUCGGUCAUCAGCUCAUCACUACACCAGACAUCAGUCAUACGCCCUCCUGUGGCCAGACAAGGGAAUGUCAUCCAGUGCCCCCGGGUGCCUGGCUCCACUGCAAAGCUGUCUCUACAAGACCUUUUAGAGGCCAGCUCUGACAUUGAUAGAGGACCAUACAAGAGGGCAGAGCAAGUCAAGUCAGAAUGCAACUAUAAAGACCCCAGUGACAUGGAGAAGAAGUUCAGCAAAGAUCCUGAGAGGUUGUUUGGGGAGGACAGAGAGAGGAUUGUUGGUAAAAUUAGGAGAAACAGAGAUGAGGAGGAGGUGGCUGCUCAGCUGCUAGAUCUGGCCUUCAUCAUACAGUCCCGUCACAGCCAGCAGUCGGAGAACAACCCUCCCAAAGGAACCCCUGUUUCGGCCAUCAAAUACAACUACAACUCUCAGCUGCCCCCUAAUCACAAAAAGACCCUCGUGAAGAAAACAAAAACCACCCCCUCCAAGCCUAGGAAGAAGAGGAUAAGCGAGGGACUUGAGGAGGGAAUCAACCGCAGGACUCCCCUCUCAAAGCGCAUGCCCAACGGCAAGACACCAUAUAGAAGCAGAGACCAAAAGGUUGUCCUCCAGGGGAAAGCAUCGCUCCACCACAAGAGGAAUCUGUUUCUGCCCCAGGCCCAGAUUGAUCUGAAGAAGUACCUGGCUGAGGCUCAGGAGGAAAGGAGGCAACUCAUCCACCACAGCAGCACACACAAUACAGUGCACCUAGGGCUGCAAACUCAGAGCUACAACACUGCGCAGCACAUAAGGACCAACCACCCUCGUGGUCAAGAAAACCAGCCAUGGUCCCUUUCAAAUGGGCCACUCCACAACCACAAUCCAUGCAAUGGUCACCCUCUGGGACCAGGACAGGAGUGUGAAAGGCGUUUGUUAUCUCAGGUAACGCAGCCCUGCGGUGGGCUGCAGCACGGUGCUGAUCCAAACACCAGCCCAGCCAACCCCGGCCUUCUCAGCCGCACCGCUGGCUUCCACGGUCUGGCUAACGGCUUCUCGGGGGCUCGGCAGUCCCCUCCUCCAAGCCAGCAGAGCUACUACAAACUGGAGAGGUCGGGACCCGUCACUGUCUUGUCCACAUCUACUGAUGGGGAUCUGGACCGCUCCGAGGAGUCAACUCCAACCAAGAACGGCGUCCAUAGCUUUCUGGAGUCUCCUAUGAGUUUUCUGGACACCCCAACCAAGAACUUGCUCAACACACCCUCCAAAAAACUAUCUGAUCUUCCCUCCUGCCAGUGUAUGGAGCAAAUCAUUGAAAAGGAGGAGGGCCCGUACUAUACCCACCUUGGGGCGGGACCCAGUGUGGCUGCAGUGAGGGAACUGAUGGAAAACAGGUAUGGUGCGAAAGGGAAUGCAGUGAGGGUGGAAGUUGUUGUGUACACUGGGAAGGAAGGGAAGAGCUCCCAGGGGUGCCCGAUAGCUAAAUGGGUGAUCCGACGUAGCAGUGAGGAGGAGAAGUUGCUGUGUCUGGUGCGCCAGAGAGCCGGGCACCACUGUGACAGCGCCGUGGUGGUUAUCCUCAUCCUGGCGUGGGAGGGAAUCCCGCGGCCAGUGGCAGACCGCCUCUACCAGGAGCUCACAGAGACCCUCUGCAAAUACGGCUCCCCGACCAGCCGCCGCUGUGCCCUCAACGAGGAUCGUACGUGUGCAUGCCAGGGUUUGGACCCAGACACCUGUGGGGCUUCAUUUUCCUUUGGUUGCUCCUGGAGUAUGUACUUCAAUGGCUGUAAGUUCGCCCGCAGCAAAGUGCCCCGCAAGUUUCGCCUGCUCGGAGACUAUGCAGAGGAGGAAGAGAAGUUGGAAAAUAACCUCCAAAAUCUCGCCACUGACCUUGCACCAGUCUACAAGAGACUGGCUCCUGAGGCCUUCCAAAACCAGGUUGCACAAGAGGAGGCAGGGACAGACUGCAGGCUGGGUUGGAGAGAGGGACGCCCCUUUUCUGGGGUCACAGCCUGUGUGGAUUUCUGUGCUCAUGCUCACAAGGAUACCCACAACAUGAAUAAUGGCAGCACUGUGGUUUGCACUUUAACUAAGGAAGAUAACCGUGCAGUGCGUAACAUACCAGAAGAUGAGCAGCUCCAUGUUCUACCCCUGUACAAGAUCUCUGACAGGGAUGAGUUUGGCCAGGUUGAGGGCCAGUGGGCCAAAAUCCAAACGGGGGCUCUACAGGUCCUAUCUGCCUUCCCCAGAGAGGUGCGUCUGCUGGCUGAGCCAGUGAAAUCUGCCCGUAAGAAGAGGCAAGAGGCACGUUUGAAGGCCCAAGCAGAGAGGCUGGAGAAGAAGCUGGGGCUGACCCCCCUCACUCCUGGGAAAGUGAAAAAUGAAACCCCUAACAAAGGCUUCAGAACCACUUCUGCCGAGCAGUCUCCCACAUUCAAAACAGAGCCACAGGCCUACUACGGCUCUUACAGACCACCAACCAGACCUGCCAGUGUAGGGAGGUACCAAUCCAGCACUUACAGCCAGAGCACCAGCAGCUACCCCACCCCAGGAGCAGGGGUCACCCCAGGGAGGGAGGCUAUCUCUCCAAGUCACCCUGGCCUGUAUGGCCUCCAGUACGGACAGCAUGGCUCAACGUUCAAUUAUAAGACAAUGAGCAAUGCCAUGAAUGGUUACUCUCCAGGGUCCAGUGACCAGAGUAUUCCCAAACACCAGUCUGUGGACCCGUCAGAUCAUAUACCUCCCCACAAUGCCCUUAGUGACUACCCACGCAUGUUCAAAACUGAGCCCAGUGAGGUGCACUGUUCUCCGCUGCGCAGACCCUCCCCCAGUGAGAGCGCUCCUCUUCCCUCCUCCUCCUUGUCCCCGCUGCCGACCGCUGAGGGCCUCUUCAGCAGGCUCAACGGGCUCCACAGGGGUUCAGGCGAGGUUGGGGCAGAGGUCGGGGGUCAUGGCCUCACGCCUUUAUCUCUCCCCCUGCCCCCACAGAUACCACCUCUCGAACCAGAGGAAGUUAAGCAAGAAGAGGUAUGGUCGGACAGCGAGCACAACUUCCUGGACAACGACAUAGGCGGAGUCGCCGUGGCACCGUCGCACGGCUCCAUCCUGAUAGAGUGUGCCCGUCGGGAGCUCCAUGCCACCACCCCGAUCCUCAGGCCCAACCGCAGCCACCCCACCCGCAUCUCCCUGGUCUUCUACCAGCACAAGUCCCUGAACGAGCCAGGCCACGGGAUGGCUAUGUGGGAUGCCAAAAUGGCCAAGCGAGACCGGGAGAGAGAAGAGGAGGCCGAGAGACUAGGGUUGGAGGAAAGCCCAGGCAAAGGGAUGGGGAAGAGGGGUAAAGGAGCAGGAAGUUCAGAGCUACAAGCGGAGGAGGAGGAGGAGACAGAGGAGACGAGGAGGAUCUGGAAAGUUCCUACCCAUCAAGUAUGGACUUUCCCACGGGAUAGUGUCAUCACAAUGUCCCCUUAUGCUCUCACCCAAGUCACGGGCCCCUACAAUCGCUGGACUUAGUCAAUGUGUUACACACCCACAACAUACAUGCAAACACACUCUCACGCACACACACACACAGACACAGACACACACACAGAGAAAACUCCUACACCCUGUGCUUCUGCCUUACCUCAGUCAACUUCAAACUUCUACUCUCAUUUUUAUAUGUCAUUUUCAUUGUGCUUUUCUAAUGUCUGUUUGUUCACUUUGUCUUUCUUCAUCUCUGCCUUGGAAGCGAUGAGGAAGACCAAAGUGUGUGGGCUUUUUAACUGUGAGUUUUGGUGUUGGUUUUUAUUGUAAAGAGAUGGUGCUUUGAAGCAUUUUAAAGACAUUUUUAAACUGGUUUUAUAUACAUGAUUAAGAACAAAAAAGAUGUGAUUAUUUAUUCUGAUCAUAACAAUUUCUAUUUAAUUUCUGAUGUAAGCCUGUUUACUGCAAGAUUUCUAUGUUAACCUGCAUUGUGUGUUGGCGCUCAGAUUUUAUGUUGUACAGUAGGACUAUGCUCUUUAUUUCAGCCAAUGGUUCUCUUUUCAUUAGAUGAAUUUUAUUGGCUUUUAUUGGUGCCAUUCUCACUGUAACCUUUGUUAAGCAAAUACAUUACAUCACAUAAUGUAGAAAACAAGACUAAUAUAGCGCAAACAUUUACUACAGAUUAUGUCACAUGUAGCAUUGUGCUUUUCCUUCUGCUGCCUCUGACUUCUUCUGGCAGUUUGAUGAAGGAAAUGUACUACUUUGUUUUGUUUGUUUGUUUGUUUGUUUGUUUGUUUUGUUUGUUUCUAUAAGUCUGGAUGGUUUGUCUUUUAUUCACAGAUAUGUAUGGCAUAUUAAGAAGCACUUUUUUAUUUUCCAAAACCUAACUUGAAAAAGGUCCCAAUCCAUAGGCCUACGUAUGUAUGUACAGACAGAGAUAUAUAUGACAGUUUGGCGUGAAACCUCUUUUCCUUUACAGUAUUUCUGCAUUUAUCUGAGUUUUUUUUUUUUUUUUCCUUUAAUUUGACUGAGCUACAAUCGAUGAAAAUGGUAAACAUAUCUAAUGAAAUUCAGUCUCAUUCAGUACUUAAUGAGGAGCGUAAUGAGGAAUCAUAAGAUGCUGCAACAGUGAAGUGCUUAUUAUUACUGGCACUUAAUUUAUGUUCACUUUCUGGAAAUUAAUUCAAAGUGUUUAAAUGUCUGUUUUGAUAUGGCACAAGUGAAGAUCAUAGGAUUCAAACAACUUCAGAAAUUCUGACUUACUGUACAUUUUUAAUGGUGCUAGAGACCUGUGCUUUUUUUUCUGUCUUUCUUUCUCUCUUAUUUUUAUUUUUAAACAGAAAUUAUAACGUGUCAUCUAUCUCAGCCAAAUAUUGCCAGUUCUUAUGUCCAUACUGGAUGGGUAUGAACACACAGCUGUGUCAGUGAAUCCUAACUUAACUCUUUCUCCUUUGCCUACUCUGCUUCUGGUGGAAAACCACUCAUAAACAGCAGUCAGAUAUCCCACUCAGAUGAUAUCAUGAGAUAAUAUCGGGUGCUAGAUCCUCAUGAAGACUUUGUUUACAGAUUGCUAUUUUACAGGGUCUGAAUAAAGCAUGCAGGGUUGAUGUCAGCUCUAGGUGAAUCAGGAUUUUUUAUUACCCUUGAAAGAAAAGCUCUCCAUUUCAAGACCUCGUCAUUGAAAUUUCAACAUACACUAUUCAGAAAUUCAACUGGUACUCACCCUAACACUGGUGGCAUAACAUUUUCUGUGAGAAAUGUUUGGGGUUUUUUUGGUUUUUUUUACAUACUGUACUUUUACUUCCUUGUGGUGCUAAUAGGACAAGAUGUCCAGGUGCAUUCAUUGACUUAACCUGGUCAUAUACUGAAAAGUGAUGGCAUGGUGCUCUAUGCAUACUCAGCACACACUAAUCUGCUAUACGAUUCCAUAUAAAGCUAAUUAAAUCAUUUCUUUGCAUACUUGGUGGGUUGACACCAAACUCAGAUGCAUUGGUAUCCUGUACCCUGAGUCAUCAUUUGUUGCAACUACAAAUGAAAACUAAGUAAUGGUAAACAUGUCUAUCUAGAGUUCAAAAGUCUUCCAGUGGUAACCAAACACACCAACCAUUCUCGAAAUGGGUGUCAUUUUGGAAAAUGUGUACAACACACAGACAACACAUACACACAUAAUGCAAUGAAUGUAAAGAGUUUCAAUUCAACAGACUUAAACAGCAGCAUGUUUUCAACAUAACAGAGAGAAAGCUAGUCAACAUUUCUUUUGAUUUACUGGGAGGGAUUCUCGCUCCACGUAACUACAUUGAAAAUCUUUGUAUCAGUGAGCAACAACAAGCACCAGCAUUAAGAAAUCUGAGGUUUUUAGUAGUAGAAAAAUGUGUAAAUAUGUAUGUGAACCAGAUUGUUUUUACUGUACUGUUAAUGGUGUGUAGACAAUGGAUGAUCUUGCUUAUUUUGAAACUGAAUUACUGUAUGUUGCUGAAAGUAUAUCCAUUUUAGACUUGAGAAGAGAGUAAAUUUAGCAUUCCUUUUAUGGAUGGCUGAUCUCUUUCGGGAUUGUGAAAUAAAGUCAUAUUUAUAUUUUGGACCUGA